AUGAAGCUGAUCUCCGUGGGUAUAGUGACGACAUUACUGACUUUGGCCAGUUGCUUAAAGAUAAAAAAUGGAAUUGUUUCUGUAGGCCAGGAGGAAUUUGCAUUUGGUACGAAGAGUAUUCCAUUGUACAGAAACCAAGAUAUUAAAGUGGAGUUCAGCUUGAAAACAGAUGAAGGCAAGUUCCCUCAACAAGUAGCUCUGAGCUUAGACUCUGAAUCUGCUUCAGAAAUUGUUUAUCCCAAACUUUCCGGUAGUAAGGCUCAAUUUACCAUCCCAGUCAAGAAACUCUCUGGAGCCAUAAAGUCUCAACCAUUCGACCUGACACUGAUCGCAGGUGAUGUCGAUACCAGCAAAAAUCUGCAAGAAUUUAUUGCAUCAAUAUUACCCGUUGAAAAGCUCACUACUUACGAACCUCCUGUAAGAUUGGAAGCUAAAGAGGAAAUCAGGCACAUAUUCAGACAACAAGAAUCCACAGUUCCAGCUGGUCUCUCUUUGAUCUUCAUUGGUGGUAUUGCAGCAAUACUUGCUGGCCUUUUGAUUACCUGGACCGUCAGUGAUAGUUACAAUUUGAAGAACUUCCCAUCGAGCUCUUGUCAAAAGAUCUGGCACGUAUUAUUUUUAGGUUCAAUUGUUGGUCUUGAAGGCAUAUUUGUACAAUAUUACCUUGGUUCCAGCAUCUUCGAUACUCUAUUCAAGGCUUCUAUAGUUGGAUCAGUCGGCUUGGUAGCUGGUUCCAGAGUGCUUCGAAGAUAG